AUGUCUGAAGGUGAAAGAACGGAGCCAGAGAAGAGGAAACUAGGGCAAAAUGACGAUGACACUUUACCUGGACAGUUUCUUAUAGGCUUGAAUGAAAGUUUUGAUCAUAUUAGAAACCAAAUCUUGGUUAUGGAUCCUUUGCCUACUAUAAAUAAGCCAUACUUAAUGGUUUUGAGAGUUGAGAAGCAAAAAGAGGUGCAUAUAACAUUUACAGAAAAUAUUCAAAAUACUGCUAUGUUUGCUAAGGCACAAAAUUAUAAGAAGGAAAUAGUAGGGAAGAAGGGGUACAAAAUGAAAGACAUGAUGAAGAAAUCUGAAAGGCAUUGUACAAUUCUUAAACAUGCAUUAAGCUCUAUUGAGUUAUUAGAUUCAAGAUCUUGGAUUAUUGAAACAGGAGCUUCCAGUCACAUGUGUGUUGACCUUGAAAUACCACAACAGCAGCCACUUAUCUCAUAUCGACAUCCUUUGCCUGGUUCCUUUUCUUAUAACUUCACCAACAACUCACAAAAUACAGCCUUUUCACAAUCUUCACCCGAGAGCUUCUCACCAACUUCAACUUCUCAUGGUGUUUCUGGUACACCAUUGUCAGGAUCCAGUAAGGCUUUUCUUGCUGCUACUCAUCAAAACAACAGUGGACAUACUAGCCCAUGCUCACAACCUCAGUUAUCACCAGUACAUACUGCUUUUGCUACUUCCUUUACUCAUUCAGAUCCUAUGUGGUACAUGGAUUCAAGAGCCAUUGACCACGUUACAACAGACUUAAAUCACAUGAGUAUUAGUAAGAAUUAUGAUGGUGUUAGUCAGCUUCAAGACAGGUUAACUAAAGCAACAUUACUGCAAGGGGAGCUUAGAGGAGGCCUUUAUCAGUUGAAUAUUCCACACUCCAACUCUGCUCAUUCAUCAUCAUCUUCUUCCAGUUAUCCUGGUGUGUCUAAACCCUAUCUACCUAUGUCUUGUAUCUGUAAUAAUAAUUCUGGUUCUUGUGGAAAUAUGUCUAGUCCUUAUCCUAAUAUGUCAGCUGCUAGUACUCUGAAAAAUAAAAGCUUGAGUUGUAACUCUGCACAGUCUAUGCUUUACAAUGCUACUAAGUGUAAAGAUCUUUCUAUCAAUAAUAAUAAAACUUGUUCCUCUAAUUUUGAUAUUCUUUGUUUUAAUGCUGAUACAAUUGAUAUUGAUUACAUGAUAUGGCACAAACUCUUAGGACAUCCUCAUUCUCUUAUUUUACAAAAAAUUGUUGCUGGUUUGUCUAAGAACACUAUCUCUAAGAGCAAGUCAUCAUCCACUCAUUCACUCUCAUUUUGUGAUGCACGCCAACUUGGCGAAUUACAUCUCACUAGUUUUCCUCCAUCCACAUCUCAAGCUACUGCACCCUUAGAACUUAUACAUAGUGAUGUUUGGGGUCCUGCCCCAUUACCUUCAUUAGAAGAUGGAAAAAUCGUUGUCACUCCAUGUGUCAGGUUUAAUGAGUCAGAAUUUCCUUUUUCUCAUGGACAUGUUGCUUCAUCUUCCUCUCCUGAGCUGUCAUCUGAAUCAUAUACUUCCUCUGGUCAAAUUCAAUCUCUUCCAUUUCCUGUCAUCACUACACAAAGUCCUCCCUCUUCAACAGAACAGGCCCCUCUUCCUUCUGCAGUGACAAGCUCAUCAAAACUGUCUGAAAAUGGCACUUUAGCACUAGGGAACAAGUGGGCAUUUAGAACCAAGUAUAAUGUAGAUGGUUCUUUGCAAAAAUACAAGGCUAGGUUGGUUGCAAAGGGUUUUCAACAAACCCCUGGACUUGACAACUUUGAAACAUUUAGUCCAGUUGUCAAACCAUCCACCAUCAGAAUCAUUCUCACCUUGGCUAUUAUGCAUGGUUGGGAUGUUCAGCAAAUUGAUGUCAACAACGCAUUUUUAAAUGGUACUUCAAAUGAAGAGUUAAAGGCUGCCCUCCUCAGCAAGGGUUUUGUUAAUUCUGUCUCUGAUUCAAGCUUAUUUAUUUUUAAGCAUAAUUCUUUACUAAUCGAUGUGUUAGUCUAUGUGGACGACAUUAUUUUGAUAGGAUCCAGCUCAAAUUACAUUACUCAGCUUUUGAAGGAUCUAAAUGAUCAGUUCUCACUCAAAACUCUUGGUUCAUUGCACUAUUUUCUUGGUCUGGAAGCUACACGAAACUGCAGUGGUAUCCACUUGAAACAAACCAAAUAUGCAGCUGAUUUAUUACUCAAAACCCGCAUGAAUGAAGCUUACCCUUGCUCCACUCCCAUGGCAAUUGGUACACGGUUAUUCUCAGGUGAUAGUGACUUAUUUGAGCAGUCUAGUUUGUACCGAAGCACUAUAGGGGCACUUCAAUACCUUAUACUUACAAGACCUGAUCUUAGCUUUCCUGUUAACAAGCUUAAACAGUUCUUAUCAGCUCCUAUAACUCUUCAAUGGCAAGCAUGCAAGAGAAUUCUUCGGUAUGUCAAAGGAACAUUGGAUUAUGGUUUACACUUUCAGCUCACUCGUUCUCUCUAUGUGGAAUGUUAUGCCAUUGCAGAUUGGGGAAGUAAUUUGGAGGAUCGACGCUCUACUAGUGGUUGUUGUGUAUACAUGGGACCCAAUUUAGUUCAGUGGAGUUCAAGAAAGCAGCAAGUUGUAGCCCUUUCUUCCACUGAAGCUAAGUAUAGAGCAUUGGCUCAAACAGCCACAGAGGUAGCAUGGUUGCAGAGUUUAUUCACCGAACUAGGAAUUUUUAUAAAUCUUAAGCCUGUGAUAUGGUGCGAUAACAUUAGUCCAACAGCAUUAGCUUCUAAUCCAAUCUUUCAUGCAUGCACCAAACACAUCUAG